AUGGCCCAUGAUUGCAUAGCCGAGAUAGAAAUACCUCAUGAUUUGUUGGUGCAAAAUUACAUUGAUCCAAUAGUUGCCAUUGUGUCUGUUACAUAUGCUGAUUUGAUGGAGAAUUUGACGAACAAUGAUUACUUUAAUGACAAGGCUAUCCUAUCCCCAACAAUUAAAGUUGUUAAUCAGGUGAAUGAAUUCAUGUGCUCUAUGAUUCCUGGUGAUUCUGUUGAAUAUUUUAGUAGCGACUCAAUUUGCAAACCAUCACAAGACAGUGAUGGAUUUGAGAACCUUCAUACAACCGAGUUCUUGAAUACCAUUUCUAGCUCUGGUUUGCCCAUGCGUAAGUUGACAUUAAAAGUUGGAGUGCCUAUUAUGCUGUUAAGAAAUAUUGAUCAAGCCUCUGGAUUAUGCAAGGGGACAAGAUUGAGGAUAACACAUUUGGGGAAGUCUGUGAUUGAAUCAAUAAUGUUGAAUGGUUCAAAUCCAAGUGAGAAGGUUCUAAUUCAUCGCAUGGACAUGAAUCCUUCUGAUAGUCGUCUUCCAUUUCAAAUGAAUAGGAGACAAUUCCCAAUUGUAUUAUCAUUUGCAAUGACUAUAAAUAAAAGUCAGGGGCAAUGUGUAGGCCUAUACCUGCCUAAGCCUAUUUUUACGCACGAUCAACUAUAUGUUGCUCUUUCAAGAGUUAAGUCAAUGGAUGGGCUAAAGAUUUUGUUGCAUGAUAACAUGGACAAACAUGUCAAGACAACCACAAAUGUUGUGUAUAGGGAGGUUUUUAGGAAUCUUAGUGUAGGGGGAAGAGGGGAGGAAUGA